AUGUCAAACGAAAAUAUUAGAGGUACAGCCGAUCUCUCAAAGGUUCGCAGUAAAUCAUAUGAUCUUCCAAGAAACAGACCUACCGGCGGAUCUCGUCAAGCUAGUCAUGCCCAUUUUGCUGAUAUCGUCGAAGAUGAAGGUGCUCCCACUUCCCGUCCCAAUUCUGAGGCCAUUAACGCCAACGCAAUGCCGAAUCACAUCCGUCGUCCUCAUUUCGAUGAGUCCAGUCGAAUGAAUUCCUCAGGUAACAUGCGUCCUACACCAAGACCCAAGAUUUCAAGCAGAACAACAUCAUUCGCCUCCGUUGCUGCCAAACGAAGAUCGAUGGCAAGAACAAUUUCAUCUCUUUCCUUGUAUAGUAAUUUCGCUGGUGAGCAUCUAGAUGAUAGCUAUCAGGGAUCUAGAUCACAUCGCAAUAGCAUGGUAGACCCGGAAAAAAGACAAAGCUACAUUUCACAAAAGUCGUCAAUUCGCAAGCAUGAGGAGUCUACUGUGGGUGAGGAAAUGGUGGAAAACAUUGAAGAGGCUGUGCCCAAGGCCUCUGUUGGAAAGGCCAUGUUUAUGUUUCUCAAGGCAUUCAUUGGCUCUGGUGUGCUAUUUUUGCCCAAAGCUUUUCAAAAUGGUGGUUUAGCGUUAUCCAUUGUGUUGAUGGUGGUUAUUGCCGCAAUUUGUUUGUUUGCCUUUUUGAGAUUAGUGAAUACACAAAAGGUAAUUGGUGGAUCGUAUGGUGAUAUGGGUGGUUUGCUGUAUGGUCAAUACCUUCGCUUUCUGGUCUUGUUCUUUAUCGUGAUUUCUCAAAUUGGCUUUGUCUGCUCUUAUUUCAUCUUUGUGUCUGGUAAUCUUCUCAACGCUGUCAAUGUGCUUUCAAAUUGCACUGCCGGAAUUGAACAAAAAUACUAUAUUUGGAUGCCCCUCAUUAUUUUGAUUCCACUUGCUCUGGUCAGACAUAUUGCAAAGCUGUCUUUUACUGCUAUUAUUGCAGAUAUCUUUAUCCUGUUUGGCUUGGUCUGUAUCAUUUACUUUACUGCUGACCAAUUAGCUGUCCAUGGUGUCGGUCCCAAUAUUGCUGCUGUGAAUCCUGCCAACUUUGCUCUCAUGAUUGGCACUGCUACGUUCUCAUUUGAAGGUAUUGGCCUUAUUAUCCCUAUCGUAGAAUCCAUGGAGCGCCCUGAAAGAUUCCCCUUUGUGCUUACAUUGGGCAUGAUUAUUGUUUGCGUUAUUUACAUUUUGAUCGGUACUAUUUCAUACUUGGCCUACGGCGAUACCAUUCAAGCUGCUGUCAUUUACAAUUUCCCUCCUGAUAACAAACUUACCAUCGCCGUUGAGUUGCUGUAUUCCUUGGCUAUCUGCUUAACUGCUCCCUUAAUGCUCUUCCCUGCUUUAAAGAUUAUCGAAAAUGGUCUCUUCCGCAAAUUCAGAUCUGGUAGGGAUAGUCUUGGUGUCAAGUGGUCCAAGAAUGUCUAUAGAACGAUUCUUUGUGUGCUUUGUGCUGCUAUUUCUUUUGGUAUUGGUGGUGAUAACCUCGAUAAAUUUGUAUCAUUGGUUGGCUCUGUCGCAUGUGUGCCCUUGUGCUUCAUUUUCCCUGGUAUGUUCCACUGGAAGGUUUGCAAAAAAAACAUUGACAAGGUCUGGAAUGGCCUCUUGAUGAUCUUUGGUUUGGGUAUCAUGAUCUAUACUUUGUAUGUUUCAAUUAACUCCUGGAUUCACCCCACCGCUGCUGGCGAAGCAUUGGCUCCUUACUGUCCUGCUUAA